AUGUCUUCCCCUUCAACCCGCCGCCUCCUAAAAGAAAGCACCGACCUCCACAAAAACCCAAGCCCAUACUUCACAGCCGCCCCGAUAAGCGACUCAAACCUCCACGACUGGCACUUCACUCUUGCCGGACCACCCUCUCCCUCCCCCCUACGCCCAAGGCCUCUACCACGGUCGCAUCACCUUCCCAGCUACAUAUCCACUUCGCCCGCCCUCGUUCCGCUUCUUAACGCCCUCCGGCCUAUCUCCGGACACCACGAGGAGACAUGGCAGCCCGCUUGGGGUGUGCGCACUGCGCUACUGGGGAUCCGGUCUGAGAUCUUUAGUUCGGAGAGCCAGGGGCAGGUUGGUGGGAUGGAGGGAAAUGAUGAGUUGCGCAGGGAGUAUGCGCGACUUUCGCUUGGUUGGCGGUGUCGGGAGUGUGGGGUUGAGAAUUUAGAGGCUAUGAAGGAGUUGUGGAGGAUUUGUAGGGAGCGUGGGAUUGAGGUUGAGGGUGAGGUUGAGGGCGUUAGUGGUGCUGGUGUCGAGGGUCAGCGGGAGACGGCCGAGGCCGAGGCUGAUGCUCAGGCUCCGACUUCGAGUGGGCAUGAUGCUCCUGUUGGAGCUGAGGACCAAGGUCCAGCGGGUGGUGCUGUAGAGAGUCCUCCAGCUGCGGAAACUGUUUCGGCUCCUUCUGCGCCUGCACCGGUGCCAGCGGUGCAGGCACAGGCACAAGCACAAGCCCAGUCACAGCUGUCUACUGUACAGGCACCGGGUGCGGCUGAUAUUCCUACGCAGACAGGCUCCCCUCAACUGGCCUCGACGGAGUCUCCAUCUGAAGGUGUCUGGCUGGACCGGGCUAUCAUUGGGGUGGUCAUUGCUCUUGUCUUGUUGAUAUUGCGCCGAGUGGCGAACGUCGACGAUCUGUAA